AUGGGCGUCGCGACGCGAACGCUGCUGUCGGCGACCGUCGUCGAGCGCCGGUCGCUGCCGUCGCGCGGGUACCAAUACAAGCUCCACAUCGUCAGCGACCAAGGCGAGCUCUCCGUGUGGCACAAGUACAAGACGUUCCAGAACCUCGCGACGACGCUCACGAUCCAGCUCCUCCACGAUGGCAUCACCGAAAUCCCGCACGGAUUCGACCUGCCACGGGACGACACGACCGUGGACCUCCCGCUCCUCAAUGCAUUCUUGGUCGCGGCCGUCGAGACAGACCUCGACUGGGGCAUCCGCAUUGACGCGAGCACGGUCGUGUACAAGCCCAAGCACCGGCCCUCGUCGUCGUCCUCGUUUUCGUUUGUCGAUCGCAAGGCGUCCAUGGCCCACCACGACGAUGCGACGCAGCGCGUUUUGGUCGAGGCGCGUAUCAUCGACGCCCGCGUCGUCCGCGUCGCGCACCCCGAGACGAUGAACGAGUACGACGUCGUGCAGUACUGCCUCGCGCUCGAGACGCGCGCGCACGGCCCGAUGCGCAUCUGGCGACGCUACAGUACCUUCUCGAGCCUCGCGACGUCGCUCCAGCGGCAGUGUCCACGCAUGCGGCACGAGCUCGACGUCCCCGAAGCCGAUCUGCGCAGCUCGCAGCUCUCGGCGUCCAACAUUCAGUCGCGCAUCGAGGUCCUCAACCAGUUUUUGCUCGUCGCUUGCAAGACAUCGUCACUCGAGUGGGGCAUCCGCAUCGACGCCGACACGUGCGUCUACAAGCGCAAGGUCGUGGACGAGCCGCGUAUAGGCGUCGUGCUCUACGAAGAGCCGACGAAAUCGUGCUGCGUCGCCGAGACCGUCUCGCUCAUCUCGGCCAAAGUCGCAGGCUUCCGCGUCGGCGCCCGAAAGGACGCGGCGGGCCACGCCUCCGUCAAGUACAAUCUGCAGAUGGACUGUCUCUCGAACCUCGGCGGUAUCUGCACGUACUCGAUUUGGCGGCGGUUUGCCACGUUUGAGGAGCUCGCCAAGUCGGUCGCGGGCCUCGCGCCGCACAUUCCGUCGCUCCGCGCGAGCGACGACGAGCACCAUGAUAAGGCGCUCGUCCAGCGGCGCAUCGACGCACUGAACCACCUCUUUGACGUCCUCUCUGCCUGCGAUGAGCUCGAGUGGGGCAUCCGCGUCGACGCCGACACCACUGUCUACAAGCACCGCGUUGUUUAGUGUUCUAAUCUUAUUCUGUCUCGUGUCCA